GCAGGAACCUCGUCGAAGCCCCGAAGAUGGCGGAGCGUUCCGACGAGCCCAAGGCACUUCCGCCUGGGCUCGAGAAUCGCAUUGCCUGGGACGACCUGGACAAGACCAAGUACUAUAUCGUGGGCCCUAGCGUCAUGGUAUUUGUCCGCGCGGCUGUGUAUCCCAGCAACUUGGUGAAGACCCGAUUGCAAAUUCAAAGCCGACGCCAUCCACUGUACACGGGUACCUUUGAUGCGUUCCGAAAGAUCGUGCGACAGGAAGGCUUCUUCGGGCUGUACAAAGGAUUCGGAGCAAGUCUGCUCAACAUCGUCAUCGGCAACCUGUACAUCACCGUGUACGAGAUCGUCAACCAGUUCGCAAUGGAAUCCGUCACGACAAACCCAAGCACGGCCAACUUCAUCUCUGGAGCUACCGCGUCCGUGAUCAACCAAACGGUGAUAGUCCCGCUGGACAUCGUGUCCCAGCGCAUGAUGAUCGAUGGCCAAGGUGUCCAAGCAACUUCCAAGGUCAAGAGCCACGGCCUCAUGGACAUUUCCCGCGGGAUCUUCCGUCAGCAGGGCGUGCUGGGGUUCUACAAGGGCUACGUGCCUUCGGUGCUCACGUACGCGCCGUCGUCCGGCAUCUGGUGGGGCUUCUACGGAGCGGUGUGGCCCUUGUACUACGCCAGCAUUCCGUUCGACAUGGAGCCCAUGUCCAAGCAGAUCCUGGCUCAAGCCAUUGGCGGGGGCACCGCCGGCGUCUUCACCGCCAUUGUGACCAACCCCAUGGACGUUAUCCGGACUCGAACGCAAGUGUACACUCAAUAUGGCGCCAUCGACACAUUUCGCCACCUCAUCCGGAAAGAAGGCGCGGCGGGCCUCAUGUCGGGGGCGUUUGCGCGCGUGCUGUCUAUGGGGCCGUCUGGGGUGCUUAUCAUUUCCGCGUACGAACUCGUCAAGAGGCUAUCUCGAAAAUCCCAACCAGACUGUUAAACUACUUUUUCUGUUGUUAAAGUACAUCUCCAGCUGACUUGGUGCGAUGCCUGGGGCCCGGAUGUUCCCUGGAUUCCUGGCGGGUUCGAGCGCGGACGACCAUGAGUUUGGUCGCGAGCACUUGAGGUGCGUCGCACUCACGUAGGUCAUGGCGCCUCGUGUUGCGCUGGACGUACGACCUGCCGCACUUGUCGCACAGCACCAGCCGGUUGGAGCACUCGGACUUUCGGUGCUUCGGCAGAGCUUUCCGAGCUAUUUCCAGGCCACAUCCAAAUGGACAUUGCACCAACUCAUGCUUGCGGUAGUACUCGGCCGCCAGCGUAUCCCGCAGACGGCGGAGGUCGCACGUGGCGUCGUGCGCUGGCUGGUCGCAUGCUUUGAUGACGUGGCCGCAGUAGGGCUCACUAGAGCCAUGUCAUAGUCGUCGAGGCAUGUCACGAUGACUUGUGUACCGGCAGAUCAUUGUGCGAUGGGGGCAGUCGAGUUUAUGGUGGCGCUCCAGGAGUUUCGUGUCCACUAAACGUUCGUAUCACGUCAUCCCAUGCGACGAGGCACAAACGCAUCACGUUCUCGCAUGUCAGACUGCGUUGUCCAUGUAUACUUCAAGUAUGUAUA